GCCUUUAUUAGUCGGGAUCGUUUGGAUCUUAUCUCGCAUAUGACACUCGGUGGAAGAAAGACUGGAGGAGGAAAAAGAGAGAGGGGAUUAUCCGUGAACUGCCUUCCGAUCCGCUGCUUCCUGACACGGGAGAGCCUCGCUUAUCUCGUCCCUUUCUCCCCAUCUUCCACAGGCGGGUGGACCAGUAGCCCUGGCUGCACUUUCUCCACUAUCUCCUCUAUUGUCUCUUCAUCGCUGGGAUCACACGGGGAGACUGACUGAUCCCUCACAUCAUUAUUAUCUUUCUUUUUUUUUAUCGACUCAUCACUGAUCAUCUGUAAGACUUCGGGACUGUUUCUCACGCGCAGGAACAUUUCCCCUGCUUGACGUUUGACCCCGCGUGAUUCCCAUGUUGCAAGUUCGCAGGCCGAAAAAGUCAAACUAGUCACUUUCUUUUUUAUUUUCCGUGAGACUGAAGGUGCACCUCUUGAACAUCUGAUGGUUUUUCCGGUGGAAUAUGAGUUAAUUUGGAGUUGAGGCUCCGCUCACGAGCGUUUUUAAGUUCGUUUACAGAAGAUUUUGCCUCCCAACUCUUUGUCAAGGUUCUUAAGGAGGAGUGACUGCCAACACCGGAGAAUAAAAAUGAUGCUCAGCCCGGACCAGACGGAUGCCGACCUCUCCUGGACUCAGUCCGACCCGGAGUCGAUGCUCAACGGCCUCAAGUCGACCGGCUGCACCUCGGACGAACCGACGGAGGGCGAGGAGAGGGCCAGAUGCAAAUCCGACCAGCCCCUGAGCAGGGAGGAGAAGAGGAGGCGGCGGAGGGCCACGGCCAAGUACCGCUCGGCCCACGCCACCAGAGAGAGGAUCCGGGUGGAGGCGUUCAACGUGGCCUUCGCGGAGCUGAGGAAAUUACUCCCCACCUUGCCCCCGGACAAAAAACUCUCCAAGAUCGAGAUCCUCAGACUGGCUAUAUGCUACAUCUCCUAUCUCAAUCACGUGCUGGAUGUUUAAAAGUGACCCCCCUCUCCCCCCCUCCCCCUCCCCCAUGAGACAGAAAUGCUUUGGUUUGGGUUGAGUGGACUCAAGCAAAUGCUGUGGGCGUCAGUUGGGUAUGGCAAGGUUGGCAGUUAGGGUCGACUGAUGGUCGAUGUGGGCUACUUCACACACAGUAUUUUUGUAGCCUCUCAUUGCUGAGAUUUUGUGCAGAAAGUACCUUUACAUUUGUCAAUUUCCGGAGAAAAGUGAAUCAGGAAUGUUUGAUUCCUGCUUCCCAACUCUCGUUAGACAAGUUACAAAAUAAAAACCUGCAUGAACAUUUUUUAAUUAAUGCAGGUUGUAGAAAAAUAUAUAUUUCAUGCUAGAUUUCAAUAAACUAACUAAUAGAAAAUAUAUCGGCUCGGUGCUAUAAUAUCGGUCUAACACCUGUGUCACGAGCUCACAUCUUGCUUCGAUUCCGGGACUUUAAUUAAAUCUUUCAGGUUUUAAUUACAAAAUCAGCUAAUUUAAAUUUUAAGAAUGCCCCGGAUGCUGGGACUUUGCCAUACCUGACAAGUGACUGAGUUGACCCGCAGUGUGAGUCCAGUUGGUUAUUAUGAUGGCGGUGUAAAGUUAUGGAAAAGCCUCAACUUUCUGCCCAGACCGCUGAAAAAAGCAACAAGCGCCAAGGCGUUUGAGCUGUUAGAUGCAAUAAUGAGAAUAAUGAUUAUUAUCCGACAUACAGUGGGGGAGGAUGGGCUGCAAGAGCCCCGCAGGCAUUCAUGUUCCCCUCCCAGAGGUGAUGUAGAGAAGAGAGAAAUGUGGAGGGUUAUAAUGAAUAUCAAGAAUUUGGUUUUCACAUAAUUUCCACAUGAAAUCACCCUAAUAAAUGAUAUUAGUUGAAUCCUAAUAUCAUGAAUAUAUUAAAGCGUAAAAACGAAGUCCUGCUCUCACUGUUUUAAUUUGAGGUCUAAUAAAAUAAAAAAACUGGGGCAUUUUCACAUCGAAAUGAAAGGAUGUAAACGAGAUAGCUGCUUUAGAUCUAGUUUAGAUGAUGUUUUCCGUAAAGGAAGAAAAAAAAUGCGUAAGUGCCACUUAUGACAUAUAAAAUUGUGACCUUAAUCAUUUUUUUAAAAGUGUAUGGAAUUAUUUAUUUAAUUGUGUCAAUAUUUAAGGCUAAUUUAUUUAUGUUGAUAUCAUAGGCUGGCGUCUUUUUGUAUAAAUGUAUAUUGUUUGUUGCUUCUAUAUUUUAGGCUGUGAAAUUGAACUUGGAAAGUGAUGGUGUUCUACUCUUAAAAAUGGCACUUUCUGUUAAUCCAUAGCAUAACUUAUUCGUUCGAUGUAUGUUUGAUGUAUGUCAUUAUCUUUUUUUGUUGUUUUUAAUGUCACGUCUAUUGCCUAUCAAUAUCAACGAUAAGCACUUCAAUAUGGGGUUCAAUGACCCCAUAAAUGUUUAUUUCCCUAAAUUGUUGUGUUCAGAAGUUGCUCGAAGAAAAAGAAUUGGGCAGCUUAAAAAAAUGUGCAUUCAAUUUUAAAAUGACAGAAAAGUGUAAUCAUGUGGAGAAUGAUUAUGUCAAACAGAUUCUGGGGUUUUCAUUCGAUUCAGAAGCAAACCUCUUUUUUGCUGUUACCAAAAAAUAACACUAAUAUUUCGAAAAAUAGUCUGAAUUUACUCUUCAAUGUUUUGAUGUUAUAUUUUGGUUUAUUUAUUUGUGUCUGCUUUGUAUUAAGAAAAUCCAAUAAGUAAUUUUAUAGUGAAGAAAAAAAACAAACAUAUCCUCUAUCCAAAGAUUUUUUGUCUCUUCAGGGUUGUGUAGGCUACUUGUUGCUUUAUGCAGAUCUUUUGUAGUAGAGGUGUCGUGUGACAGCUGGUUUCUAAUGGACAAACUUUUCAUAUUUUCCGCUUUUAUUUUUAAUUAAAACGGAA